AUGGGCCACGAAGAAGUUAUUCUGACUCCAUACGGCUAUGGAACAAUUAAAGAAAAGAACUCGCAGCGAGCACGAAUAAAAAUGACAUGAGGAGGGGAAGCUUAUAUACAGUUUUCAGACCUAACAAAUGCAAUUGCAAUUAGAGUGAAAUGCUUUGUAGGGAGGCGAAAAUCGUUUGAGUACUCGUGGAAUAUUGAUAAUACCUUUGAAAUGCUUUACGAACAAUUAGCAAAAAGCUUGGGGGUGGAUUCAAUUAGCUCGUUAAAAUUGUUCUACCCUAUGGGGCAUUUGAGAGAAGUAAAAGUGACAGACACGCCUUAUAGUUUGAGACUUAAGGCAGUUACCAAAUUUGUAAUGGUUAUAAAAAAUUAUUUCCAAUGGGACUCUCUAGUUUUAACCAAAAACAUUGAACUCUCCAACAAUAAUCGCACCGCUACCAAAAAGGCUGAAACAGGUUAUGAAUGCAUACUAGGAAACUCCACAAUCAGCUCAGGAAGGCACUAUUGGGAGGUUAAGCUAGAUAAUUUUCCUAACGACGAAGACAUCUAUAUUGGAAUUGCUAUUAAAGAAAUAAAUUUAUAUUCAAGUCCUCCUGAUUCAGGAAUGUUUUGGGGCUAUAUUUGCUCAGUGUAAUUUAUAUUGUAGAGGCAAAAAAUGUGGGCCAGGCUUUGUAGAAGACUAUUCUGCUAGUGCUAGAACUGGAGACGUGAUAGGAGUUUUGCUUGAAUUUAAAGGAGAAAAUGGAAUAUUAUCAUUUUUAAAAAAUGGCGUCGAAUUAGGGCCGGCAUUUGUUAAUUUGACAGGCACGUUUUAUCCAGCUGUAUUUUUGUUUCAUCAAUCUGCAAGAGUAACUCUCUCUUGCAAAUAUUAA